CUUCGUACAGGUGAUAUCGCGCUUCACGAAAUUUGUUUUAUCACGCGGUUUGUGGAAUCGAGAGUGCCGAGUGCCUUAAUAAAAUGAAAUGAAGUCCAUCGCUAUAAGUUUUAUAUGCUGCAUGGUACUAUGGCCUUAUGUAAAUUCUUACGGAGUUAUAUACAAAAUAUGUACCGAGAAAUACGAUAGGGAUGCUUGCCAGCAAAUUGCUAGAGAUCAGCAAUAUGCGUGUGCUGAGGACAUUGGGUCAGCGGUCGACUGUAUCCUGAACAUAGACCAAGGUUUGCCACAAUUUUCUAUAAUUAAACCAGAAGAAGCUUUAUUGGCUGCUCCUCUGGUGUCGUCGACAGUGGUUGUUGUUGGAGAAGUAGCGUCAGAACAUCCCGCCUACGAAACGGCAAUCAUUGUCAGAAAACCGUUCGACGGUGGGUUCGAAAACCUGAGGGGAAAACGCUUCUGUCAUCCCGGUUUCAGACACAACGAACUGGUCACCAAGUUCGUUCUAGGAGAAUUUGAAUCGAAAAUCAUUAGUCUGAACAGCAGCUAUUGUGAUAUCGGCGAAAAUGCGACCGUUUUCGAGAAGAGGGUCAGGGCCUUGUCUAACUUUUUCGGCACUGCUUGUAGACCUGGAACCUGGACAGAAUCUGAAGCUCUCGACAUUCAACUGAAAACCAAAUACUCCAACCUAUGUGAGCUCUGCGGUACCGAGGGGUGUAAUAUAAACUAUCAAGUGCCUUUCAACGAAUCCCUUUCCUGUCUUACCGACAGAGCGGGUGACAUAGCGCUGACAACACUAAACGAUGCCGCGUUAUUCUUCAAUUCUUCCACCAACGCAGAAAACUUUCUAUAUCUGUGCACAGACGGCACAGUCAGCGAUUCUACAACCCCAUGCUUAUGGACCAAACAACUCAAUAGACUCAUCAUUACCGACAGUACGAGUGCCGAUGCUGUGAAAAGUUUUAUCGGGGACAAAUUAUCCACCCACUUGGCAGCAUUCAGUACCAUGGGCGCAUCAAGCGACGUCUACCUGGCUUCUCUUCAAAAGGUUUUGGAUUUAGCACAGACAGAUAAAAUACAAUUGUCGACUGUAACACCACUGUCUGUGUAUGUCCAAGCUGGCAGAAGCAUCCCCACAGUUAAUGAAACCGUACAAUGCGGUCUCGUGGUAAGGUGGUGCACCCUCACCAACGAGGAGCAGCAAAAAUGCAAGUGGCUUCAACAGGCAGCUCUCAAUGCCGGGAUCCAACCCGUCAUAGAGUGCAUACAAACCGCCGAUAAGGAUACCCUGUCUUGUCUAAAUGAUAUCAAGGAAGACAGGGCGGACAUCACAUUCACAGACGUCAACUAUGGGUACAUUGCCUUAAAGAAAGGACUGACCGUUGUAGCCUACCCCGAGACCGACACCAGACAAUUGUCUUCGAUUUUAGUUGUCAUUCGAGCCGAUGCAACCGAUCCACCGAAGAGCUUGAGCGAUUUGAAGGGAAAACGAUCGUGUUUCCCAGAGUAUGGUGGCAAAGAAUGGUUGUCUUUCAUACACACGCUAAGAGAUAAAAAGAUUCUGGAGAACAGCUGCGACUAUGGAAAGAUAUUCAGCGACUUCGUCGACAGUUCUUGCGUUCCGUCGGCGAACUCGAACGAUUACGAAAUCGAAAACGCCGAUCAGUCCAAAUUGUGCGCCCAGUGCAUACCGAUUGUCAACACGCUGACUCACGCGUACUGUAACGCCGACAAAGGGAAUAAAUAUUACAGAUCGAAUGGAGCCUUGAAGUGUCUGGAGGAUCAAGCCGCUGAAUAUGCCGUCAUAACAAAGAACGAUGUGACCGGCUACGAGACAACUUCCUCGCAAUUCCGUGUCCUAGCCAAAAACGGUACGCUUGCGGAGUACACCGGCUUUGACGUGGACGAAGGGGCUGCCUUGACGAUUUUGACCGCAGGUGGGGUGGUAGCCAAAGCCGACAGCUUAAAAAAGGAUGAUAUUGUUGUAUUCCUCAGAGCGAUCGAAUUGGAAUUCGGGCAACGGUUGGAUAAGUUCUUCAAAGUUUUCGAGAGAUUUAACAACACCAACGAUUUGCUCUUCCCGGAUUCCACGCCUGGUUUGACCUUCGGAGGCACCUCCAUCAAAUACGUCGACAAUUUCAGAACGAUGCUAGAAUAUUCCGAAAAAUGUAUGUCUGACGGUAUUCCACCUUCCAGCGCUUCGAGCGCCAUGUUCUCAACAGUAUUAAUCUUCAUUGUUGCUUUUAUUACUGUAAGACUAUAAUUUCAUUACCUUAGUCAAAACUUUAUUAGUUACGUUUUCAUAUGCUUUCUAUCAUUGUUUUUAAUUUUAUUUGUACUUAAAUAUCCAUGUCUAUUUUCAAUUUUUACGGUAUAUAAACACCUACAAAGUA